AUGCAAUUCGUCGCCAGCCAAACAUCCAUCCCGGUGCCCAAGGUAUACUACGCUUUCACCCAUAAGGGGACAUCAUACAUCGUUAUGCGCCACAUCAAAGGACAAAUGGCGGGAUAUAACUGGGCACACCGUCCAGAGGAAUCAAGACGGAUACUAGAGCAGCUGCGGAGCAUGGUCGCGGAGCUUCGCUCUGUUACACCCCCAGAAGGGGCACAAGUUGGCAGCAUUGAUGGCGGGCCUUUCUGGGACUGUCGUCUACCAUCACGGGACUACUGGGGUCCGUAUUCUACUGUGCGCGAGUUUCACCAAGCACUAGCCAACGGUAUUCCUUGGGACUGCGACUGCACUAAAUUCCCCGACCUUGCCGAGCUCCUUACGUUCUAUCAGCAAGCAGAAAACAAGCUGGUUCUAACCCACGGCGACCUGAGCAGCCUCAACAUCCUUACCCAUGGGGACGCCGUGGUGGGAAUAGUGGACUGGGAGACGGCAGGGUGGUUCCCGCCAUACUGGAAGUAUACAACUGCCAAGUAUGUCAACCCCCAGAAUCCAUUCUGGGCGGAUCCGGUUGAUCAAUUUAUUACGCCUAUGCCAGAGGAGUUGAGGAUGGAAACUAUCAGGCGUAAAUAUUUUGGUGACUUCUGA